GUACUGAAAAUGUAUAAAAUGAGUGAAGUUUUUUACACCAGACAUAUCUCGUGAGUUGUGAGUUGAAAAUUAAAUUAUAAUUAUUGAGCAAAAAUGACAUCGGCAAAAAUUAUUUUCUUGCUAUUUGCUAUGUCAAUGCUAGUAGCAUCCACAGCAAGUCAAAGAGUCAUUUUACAACAUGGAAAACUUUGUACGCUUCAAGUAGUUGGUCAUGUAAUGGAUGAGUUUAGUCGUCGAUGGCCAGUUUAUAGAAGAGUUUGUCGUAUGGUUGUUCCUGGUGCAUUGGGUGAUGCUGUACUUGAUGAUGAAGAUGAAUACGAUUCUGACGAAGAUGAUUUUGCUAAGAAUGAUGUAGUUGGGGAACUUAGACGAGCUAUUCUUAAAAAAACAUAAUUUCAAAAAUUCCUAUGAAGCUAUAGAGCUAAAUGAUGAUGAAAUUGCAUUCUGAAUAAAAAUGUUAUAAAAAAAAGAUGAAAGAGCAAAAGUAAUUUAAUU